AUGGCGGGCAAUAAUAAUGGUAAGCCUUCGGGCUUCACCUUCAACCCAUCAACAACCUCCUCGUCACUCUUCGGCAGCGGCAGUACCACAGCUCCAAGCACUGGCAGUAUCUUCGGCGCAGCCACAUCGAACAACAGCACAAGCAACGCACCCACUGCAUCGACUCCCACAAGCACGAGCGGCAGCACCAGUAUGGCUCCUCCGAACAGCGUCCUCUUCCAGGCCCAGAACACCCCAACCACCAGCGGCCCUAUCGACUUCACCAAGGCAGCAGCAGAUUACAACAGCGGCAAGACCACACCUCAAGCCCAGAAGCCGGGUGGUCUGUUUGGUGGUGCUUUAGGCGCAGGCGCCUCGACUACUCCCGCAGGCGAGCCCAAGCAACAGAACCUUUUUGGUAGUCAAGGAAACACCAGUGGACCGCUCUUCGGCGCCGGUGCAGGAGGCAAUAGCACGGGAGGUGGCUUCAAGUUCGGACCGAGUGCCAGUAAUACCCCGGCAUCAGGAGGUGGAAAUGGCCUGUUUGGGCAGAAGAAGGACGAAGGUCAACAAAGCAAACCGCUUUUCGGCGCCGGCACUACGCAGACGCCGCCAGCCAGCUCUGCUGGUGGAGGUAUGUUUGGCAGCGGCGGCAAUACUGCUGCAACUACCAGUGCCAGCACGUCAGGCAGCAUGUUUGGUGGAGCUUUGGGCGGAGCAAACACAUCGACGCAAUCAUCCGGCUCGGCCUUUGGACAGAAACCAGGUGGUCUAUUCGGCACUCAGAACAAUGCAGCUCAAGCUACUCCAGGUGCGGAGAACAAAGCAUCAGGCCUCUUCGGCGCAAAGAAUGCAACCACGACUUCGGGUGGCUCUGGAAUGCUAGGCGGCACCACUUCCGCAUCCUCCACUCCAUCCCUUUUCAGCCAGAAUCAGACUCAGACCACUACCAGCGCCUCUGCUGGUGCGACGACUACCACAUCCGCCCCAAGUCUCUUCGGCCAGAAAGACCAAAACACCACCGCCAGUGCCGGCGCAUCGAACGCGAUGGGCGGACCCGGCAGCAUCUUCAACAAUGGCGGCGACCAACAGCGGCCGCCCUCUGGUGGUCUCUUCAGCAACCUGAAUAAAUCCAGCAGCGCCUCGACCCCUUCAUCCACUCCCGCAACUUCAGGCCCUUCGCUUGGUGGCGGCUUAGGAGGCGGGCAGUCUUCACAGCCAGCUUCAGGUGGUGGCCCUGGUCUUUUCGCCAACAAGCCAACCGCCGCCUCCUCUGCCCCGAGUACAAGUAACCUCUUCGCAUCUACGACGCCCGCUUCACAAGCCCAAUCGAGCGCUGCUACGCCAGGCUUGUUCUCCAACCUCAACUCUUCAACCCAGCCGGCUGCGACUUCUGCGUCCGCUUCCAGCGCAGCAGCGCCAACACAACCUACUACGACUUCAUCUGCCGACGGUGGUCUGUUCGGCGCCUCUGCAUCUCAGCCAGCCAACACCAGCGCGCAGGCGCCGAGCCUCUUCGGCAACGCUCCUGCGGCUGGUCCAAGUGCUGCCACUCCAGGCCAGACUGCUGGUACACCAGCUGCUGGGAAUGCGGGAGCCGCUGCAGCUCCGUCAGGCUCGGCCAACUCAACCAACGCUGCAGGUGCUGCGUCCGCCGCGGGUGCAGCUCCACCAGGUGGCUCCCGCCUCGCCCGCAAGUCACUGGACGAGAUCCUCACAAUGUGGUCUACCUCCCUCUCCCAACAUCAAAAGACCUUCCAGAACCUCUCCAAGCGUGUCGGCGCAUGGGAUCGUGAGCUUGUGGAGAACAGCACGAAGAUCAGCAACCUGUACGGCCGCUGCUUCCAAGCCGAGCGCGACACCAGCGAGGUGGAGCGUCAACUCACGAACGUUGAGCACCAACAGUCGGAAAUCGAGCACUUCCUUGAUAAGUACGAGGCAGAUGUGGAUCGGAUGAUGACUAACAUGGGUGUUGGCGAGGAUGGUAUCGGAGGCGUCGAUGCUGAGCGUGAGCGGACGUACAAGAUGGCAGAGAACUGCUCUUCUCGCCUUGGGGAGCUCAACACGAGCUUGACCGAUAUGGUGGAAGAGAUCAACUCGACGAGUGGCAAGUUGUCGGAGAAGAAGGGUGAUGAUGGCGACAAGGGCGAUCCUCUGCGACAGAUCGUUGGCAUCCUCAACCGACACUUGGCACAGCUGCAGACGAUCGGUACGGGUGCUCAGGCAUUGCAGGAGAAGGUCGGUGCCGCACAGAAGGACGUCCGCAACCUUGGCAGUCAGGGGUUGAACGGCGGCAACUGGGUCGACGACUUCGGUCGCUCCUAUCUUGGACGUCGGUAA